AUGCUACCUCGGAGUCAGCUGCAAAUUCGCCGGAAUGGCCUGGUCGAGCUACAUGGAAUUCCGCCAAUCCUACGGCCCCUCCUUCGGGCCUACCUCCUGGGCUAUGCUUCCGCUGUUGCUCCGAGAGUCCUUACGUUGCUGAUGCAAUACCUUACCAAAAAACGCCGUCAAAUCGCAAAGGAGAACGGGUGCAUCGGGUUUGUGGCGCAACUGAGGCGGAUUGUCCUCGCCGGUCUAGACCCGCAACGGUUUCCAACCUUCUGUGCCUUGCUUGUUGGCGGCAGUACACUUUUAGAGGAGCCACUUCGACGUCUAUUUGAACGCAAUGCCAAAGGUCUCACAGAGGUGAUACGAACUAGACUUGCAAGAUGGAGCGCCACAUUCAUCGCUGCUUGGUUCAGUUUGCAGCUUUUGCAGUCCAAGAAGAGCUCGGCCUUUACAGGCACUGCCCCUGAGAAAUCCGAUAGCCCUCCCGCAGCUCAGCUCAAGGAGACUCGAUAUGGAGGACGAACUCUCGACUUGACGUUAUUCACAUUAACCAGAGCUUUGGAUGUUCUUGUUGGAGAAGUUUGGGCGCGAAGGCGAGCGCGCCGUGUAGCUGAAGGUAGUUGGACCAAGGCUGAGUGGAUUGUCGGAAGGUUCACCGACCCUUGCUUGUUCGUCACUUCGUGUGCUUUCAUCAUGUGGGCAUGGUUCUACCAUCCCGAAAGGCUUCCCAGCGGCUACAACAAGUGGAUCAGCUCGGCGGCAAACGUCGACAUGCGGCUGAUUGAGGCCCUCCAGAAGCUCCGUGCCAAUGAGAUGUCGUACGGUAAAAGCGGACAAGGAGAAUUGCUGCAAGGCAUGUGUGAGAAAUACGGAUGGCCGACCGAAUGGGGUGACCCGUCAAAGUCCAUCCCCAUCCCGUGCGAGAUGGUGCACAUGGGCUGCGGCCCCUCGUGUGAACUUCACGCCAUCAGCCGCUUCUAUCGGUCGUGGAAGUGGUCCAUGGCCAUGUACUUGCCCCUGAGCGUGGCGCUUCUCCUGCGGGGACCUAUCAACAAGAAGACUCUUGUGCGGACUUUGCUGUCAUCAUCGAGGUCGGCGGCGUUCUUAGGCGCGUAUAUCACUUUGUUCUACUAUGGCGUAUGUCUCGCUCGUACCAGAAUCGGGCCUCACAUAAUCGGCAAGGACCUGGCCGCGAGGCAAAAGAUGGACGCGGGAAUCUGUGUCCGCACGGGAUGCUGCCUUUGCGGCUGGAGCGUUCUCGUCGAGUCCGCCAGUCGUCGCAAGGACAUGGCGCUUUUCGUCACCCCGCGGGCCAUGGCGACGCUGCUGCCUCGGCGGUACGGCAUGGACAAGCAGUGGAGGGAGGCGCUCGUCUUCGCCGCCAGCACGGCUGUUGUUUUUACUUGUAUUCACGAGAACCAGGCCCGUGUACGUGGCGUGCUGGGCGGUGUUUUGGGAAUGGUAUUGCGCAAUUAG